CGUCGACCGUUAUUGUCUUCAAACGCACUAUUGUAGGCAUACCUUUAAGAAUUCUUAUGAGUUAUUAUGACUAUUUAAGCUACUAUUUAAUGCUUUUAUAAUUUGUAUAUGCGCACUCAAAGUCGUAUUAGCGAAUAGGCACUGUAGGCACAGUACCUAGAGCCUACGAACAUUUUUGGACCUACGAAAACGUGUGACUACAAUUUUUCGGUAAUAUUUUAGGUGGCACGUAAAAUAUUGGAAAAUAUUUUGUUCACACCUUAUUUUUUUGGAAAAAUAUUUUGUAGGAACCGCAUUUCGUCGGUAAAAUGAUUUGUCAGAAAGUAUUUUGUCGGAAAGUUUUUUUUCGGAAAAAUAAUUCGUAGGAAAAUAUGUUGUCGGAACUGUAUUUAGCCGGAAUUUUCGUAUUUUACCCAACGACGAUAACAUGCAGUCACGGAGUGCUGAUGAUGAAAUUAUAUUGAAUAGAUCCGACGAAAUAUUUUUCUGACAAAAUACUUUCCAACAGAAAAAGUAGUUUUUAAUAUAUUUUUUUAUAAUUUAUUUUAUUAUUCAUUUUUAUAUAAUAUAUAUAUUUGAUUUUAGAAAAAGAACAUUGAAAAUGAUGUACAAUUAGCAAAUUAAAAACCAUAACGCAAUACUAAGAUCUCGCUAUACAGUCCAUAAUGGCUGAUAGGUUAGUAUUUAAAACAUGUUGAUCUACUAUUAUUAACCUAUGGUUAUUCACUAAGUUUGAUUUGUUCGAUUUUCCAGGCAACUGUUGAAUGCCGAUAAAGUAAAACGUCCACAACACCCGAGAGAAAAGGCAACCGUUUUUGAAAUUGUUACAUUUAGGUAAAUGUAUGACAAAUAAAAUUAUUUAUUUUAUCAAGAUUUGCGUGAAUGUUUGACAAUUUAUUGAUACGUUUUGAUAUUUAAGUUUAGAACGUCUUAAAUUCCCGUUGAUAGAAUCGUUAUUUAUAAUAUUGGGAAACGGAUUUACAUGCAUUUAAAAUCUAAAACGUUUUCACAAAUGUCAAAAUAUUACUUAGACGAUCAAAAAUGGUAAGGGGAUUUAAAAGUUCCCACUCUUACCAAGGUUAUACCUUGAGUCCCCCCAACUGAAAAUAUUUCGUGUAAAAAUUAUGUUAUUGGAAAAGUAAUUAUUUCAGUCAAAAAACACCACAGAUUUUUAGUUUACAACCCUCCGACCCCGAAAAUUAUUUUUCAGUUGCAGUUUUUCCUCUGAAAACUCUUAACUUGUUUAAUCUAAUUUUUUAACAUUACGAAAAUGAUUAACAUAAACUAUAAAGUAAUUUGUUUAUAAUUUAUGCACAAUUUUAUCUAAAAAAAAUUACCUUUCGUCAUGUUAAACAAAUUAAUUUAAUAAUUUAGAGCCUUUGUAGAGAAGAGGGGUUAGUUUUAAACCUCUCUGUAAACCAGUUUCUGAUUAUAACACUAUAUUAAUUAUUACAAAUUACGCUAUACUCUAUUUAAGAUUUAUUUACACGGUGCCAGACUGCAUAUCAAUCGAUAUUGCCAGUUACUGAAUACCAGCGACUGGUAACAUGUAAACGUUUCCAGCCAGUUGCUGGUUAAACCGGUAGAUCAAAAUAUAUAUGUAAGUGGAGUUGUGUAAACGAUAAGAGCCAGAAAGUUGCUGGCAUGUUAUUUGUCACACGCUAAUGGCCUUCCAGUUUGCUUGUCAGAUAGCACACCAGCUACUGGUACCGUGUAAGCCUUCAAAAUAAAAAGUCACCAGUAUGUGUACUGUGCAUGACUGAACAUAUUUAAAUAUUGCAGUACCCGUGUAACCAUAGCAUAAAUAUACAGGAGAUAACAGUGAGUAUAAAACACGGCCGCCGUAUUACAGAUUUCUUUAAUUGUCGUCAACACCACUCGACAGCCUGCUGCCUUUAUAUCAGAUGUAAUAUUCCUGAAAUUAAAAGAUACUGAAAGCAAAUGCGCAAUGAUAGUGCAAUUUCGUUAGAUUUGCUGACAUGCUUGUAAAUUUGUGCCACGGGAGUAAUCGUAAACUUUGGUUUUGGCAUGUUAAAUAUCUUUAUUAUUAGAAACAAAUUUACGUGGGUUACAAAAUUUGAGAAAUUAAAUUGAAUCUACUAUUAUUAACAUAAUAUAUUUAAUACUUCCUUUUUAAAUAUUUUAUUUUCUAUUUGUUAAAUUAGCUGGUUGGUCAACUUAUUCAAACUGGGACUAAAAAGAGAUUUAGAUGAGAAUGAUUUGUAUAUACCAUUAAAAGAACACACAUCGUCAUUUUUAGGAAAUGAAUUAGAAAAGUGAAACAUUAAAUAAUUAAAGAUGUAACGAUAAAGAUUUGAAAUUGAUUUGUAUUUUGAAUUAAGGGAAUGGAUAGAAGAACAAAAAAUGUCACUAAAAACCAAUCGCAGACCUAGUCUGUUGAGAGCUUUGAUGCGGACGUUUGGAGUUAAAUAUAUGAUUUGUGGUUUUUUAAUAGCCGUCAACGAACUGAUUUUAAAGUGAGUUAGUAAUAAUAUUAUAAGAAAUUUUACUGUCAAAACAUAGUUCACUAAUUUUGUAAUAUUGUUGAAUUCAAAUAAUUUACAGGUGAUUUAAAUAUUGACAGGUUUUAUAUAAAAGUAUUAAAUAUUAAACUACUCGAAAAUAUUACAGCGAUGGUUGGGUUGAAAAUUUAUUUGAGUUAACUAUCGGUUUAUCUAUCUUAUACCUACCUAUUGUUUAAUGGGUUUAUUAACAUGAAACAAUGACAAUUAAUAGUUACGAUUUUUUUUUUGUGUGUCUUUAAUUAGAAUAGCUUUACCACUGUGCAUUGGCAGAUUGUUAUCAUAUUUCAGCAACGAUAGUUCUAAUAACAUUGACUUAAGACAAGCAUACGUUUGGGCACUUGCUUUUUUUUUUGGUAUAUAUAUUACGUCAUCAUUAUUUCAUUUGGUUUCGUUCGAGAUUUUACACUGUGGCAUGAAGAUGAGAGUGGCUUGCUGUUCAGUAAUUUAUAGAAAGGUAAACAUAAAGGAAAAACAAAUUUAAUCACUCAUUUGAGAUGUUUAUUAGACAAUUACAGUGCAAUUAGUUGUUAAAUUAUUUACAACUAUUGUACAAUAAAAGUAAUAAAGGUAUAUAUUGUAAUCAAAUUUUCGUAAAUAUGGUACUAUAUAAUAACUGUACAAUUAAAAAAUAAAAUAACUAGGAAAUUUAAAAAAAAAUUAUUGAUAUUUUGUUAAUCACUUAUCUUUAAUAAAUACUAUAAUUGAGCCAAAAAAAAAAAGUAUUUUGAAACAUGUUUGACUAAAAUAAAUUUUGAUAAAUUUUAAAAAUGAUUAUUAUUUAAAAAUUUAAAAGUAGAAAAUUUUCGAGGGCAGUUUGUAUAUUUUUUCUAAAAAAUCAUCUUAUUUUUUGUAUAAUAUACGGCAGUAUUUAUGUUGUUUAGGCACUAUGUUUAAGUCAUAUCGCACUCAGAGAAACUACGGUCGGCCAAGUGAUAAAUUUGAUAUCAAAUGAUGUUAGUAGAUUUGAUAUAACAUUACCAGGCAUUCAAUAUUUAUUUAUUGGUCCUGUACAAACCAUUAUAGUCACAUAUUUAGUAUGGCAAGAAAUAGGUAUUUCAUCAUUAAUAGGAGUGGCGACCUUAUUAAUUUUUAUCCCUUUCCAAGGUAAGAAAAUAUUAGUGUAAAAUAUAAAAAAAAUCAAUUCAUAAAUAGAAUAAAUUAUAGUAUGCAAUAUUAAAUUUUUUUAUAGGUUGGUUUGGGAAAAAAAUUAUGAAUUUUCGAUUAAUGACAGCUAAUUUGACAGACAACAGAAUACGUUUAAUGAAUGAAAUUAUUUCGGGCAUACAUGUAAUAAAAAUGUAUGCUUGGGAAAAAUCAUUUGCAAAACUUAUUGAAAAUGUGCGGAGGUAUGUAAACUAUACAAAAAAAAAAAUUGUAAUUCGUUAAAAACGAUUAAAUAAAUAUUGCUACAGUACCUUUAUCUUUAAAAUACCUUAAUUCGUUUUAAAUACCAUGUAUAACAAGUCAAAAACAUUUAGAAUGGAAAUUCAAAAAGUCAGAGGAUCAUCAAUAAUCAGAACUAUUGCACAGUCAUUCAUAGACUUUCAAACAAAAUUACAAAUAUUUGUUAUGAUUUUGUCAUACGUAUUACUAGGAAAUUAUAUCUCAGCGGAAAAAGUAAAUAAGCACAUUAAAUUUAUUAUGUCAAUAAAAAUAAUAUACUCAGUAGAACAUUUUUGUAUUUAUUCUAAGGUAUAUGUUGUAAUUUCUUAUUAUUCACUUUUACGGUUUACAAUGGGAUUGUUUUUCUCACAAGCACCAUCUCAACUAGCUGAACUUCUAGUAUCAAUAAAACGCAUACAGGUUUACAUAUAUUCUUUCUCUAUUAUCAAAACUAAAAAAUUAAGUACCAUAACCAUUAUUACAAUCGUCAAAUGUAUAAUACAUUUAUGUUUAUAUACAGCAUUUUUUAAUACUCAUUGAAAGAGACAGUCAGAUGUUGAAGCCUGUGAAUGAAUUGCAUUCUGAACCAAAUGAAUUAUCCAUUGUGAAUAACAGUGACACAAAAAUUGAUUUUCAAAAUUCAAAUAACAUUGGCAUAGUCGUAUCAAAUGCUACUGCAAAAUGGGCUUAUGACCAAACAGAUAAUACGUUGGAAAAUAUUAAUUUCAACGUUGGACCCGGUAGAUUGAUUGCAGUUAUUGGUUCAGUAGGAUCUGGAAAAGUAUAAACUUUUUAUAACUGAAAACAUCAAUAAAUUAAGAAAAAAAUAAUAAAUUAUUUGUUCAGAGUUCGUUAUUACAAGCGAUUUUAGGAGAAUUGCCACUUUCCAAUGGGAACAUUUCUAUUAGUGGGGUAGUUUCUUACGCCUCUCAAGAACCUUGGAUAUUGUCAGGAUCUAUUUUAGAUAAUAUAUUAUUCCACUCACCAAUGGAUAAACAACGUUAUAAACAAGUGAAAAAUAACUUAUAAUAUAAACUUACAUAUAUAAUUUCUGUUAUUGUCAUUGGAACAGGUCAUAAAAGCAUGCGCAUUAAAAAACGAUUUGGAACAUUUUCCAUACGGCGAUCGUACAAUAGUAGGUGAAAGAGGUGUAACUCUUAGUGGUGGACAAAGGGCAAGAAUAAACUUGGCAAGGUAAAUAUAACUCAACAAGUCAAUUGUAUUAUUUUAAUUUUAACAAUAUAUAUUAGAGCCAUAUAUAAACAAGCAGAUAUUUAUUUAUUGGAUGACCCAUUGUCGGCCGUUGAUACUCGUGUUGGCAAACAUUUGUUUGAAAAGUGUAUAAAGGGUAAAUAUUUAUUGGAUCGGUUUUGUAACUUUUUCAAUAUGUAUUGUUUUUUAGGUUACCUCAAAGAACAAACUUGUAUUUUAAUCACACAUCAGAUACAAUUCUUAAGUGAUGUAGAUCAAAUUGUUCUCAUGGAAAAUGUAAAUAUUAAUACAAAAAUAAUAAUUAUUAUACAAUUUGUGUAGCACAAAAUUGUAUUGUAAACCAAUAAUACUCAAUAGUAAUUUACUUUGAUUAACAAUUUACAUUUUUUGUUCAAUGCUUAAAAUGUAAUCAUAACCAUAAUGAUAAUUCACCUUAAAUUGAUUGUGUUUGUUCGUAUUAGGCAAGUAUAAAAACUACUGGUUCAUAUCAGAAACUUCAAAACUCCGGUUAUGACUUUUCAAAAUUAUUAGGAUUCUCAGAAAAAACUAUGAUUGAAUCUCAAAUUGAAUGCAAUAAUGCAUAUAAUAAAAAAAGUUUAAAUAUAGAUCCUAUAUUAUCAGUCUCUGUUGAAAGUAUUGAAUUACCUAUUGAUGGAGCUAUUGCUACACCUACCGAAGAUAGAGAGAUUUGUUCUCAUGGGCAUAUUUCAAAAAAUGUUUAUAUAUCAUAUUUUUAUUCCUGCGGGAGUAUUUAUAAAAAUAUUUUUGUUUUGUUAAUUUUUAUUUUAAGUCAAGUGAUAUCUACAUUUGGAGAUUUCUGGCUUAGUUUAUGGUAACGUAAAUUUAAUUUAUAAUACACAUACUCACACAUUUAAAAUACUUAAAAUAUGUGUUUAGGGUAAACGAAGAAGAAGAUUAUUUUUACAAAGAAAAUAAAACAAUACCAUUAAAUAAUACUUUGACGGUUAAUGAUUUGGCUGAUAUGUCAUCAAAUUUCCGUUUUAACCGUUUAUUAAUAUAUACUGUUAUCACAGCUUGUAUGGUACUAGCUAUUAUCAUGAGAUCUGCAAUAUUUGUAUCAGCAUGUACAAGUAUCUCAAUAAAUUUACAUAAUAAAAUGUUCAAUUCUUUAAUUAGAACGACAAUGUAUUUUUUCAACAUUAAUUCUUCCGGUAAUAAUAAUUUAAAGUUAACACAUGGUUACAUGUUGAAUUACUUAUGAUAACGUGCUAAUAAAAAUGUAUUUUUUCAGGGCGGAUUUUAAAUCGUUUUUCAAAAGACAUUGGUGCUAUUGAUGAAUCUUUACCAUUUGUUUUGUAUUCUUGCUUACAAGUAAUGUUAUAUCUAAAAGAUUUAAUUAAUAUCGCUCUAUUUCUAUAGAAAGUAUAAUAAUUUAUUUGUAAAUAUUACAAUUAGGUUACAAUGGCUUGUUCAGGAAUAGUCCUUGUUAUUGGACUACUUAAUAUAUACCUAAUGAUACCAACGAUUCUUGCUGCAGUAAUUUUUAAUUACUUUAGAAUUUUCUAUUUACCAACAUCUCGAAGUGUAAAACGCUUGGAGGGGAUUAGUAAGAACGAAACUAAUUUAAUUACUGGAACACACUUGACACACUUUUUUUCAUUUAAGUUUAAGUUUAAGACCAAUAAGCAAAAGGGAUUUAGAUAUACUUUUCACUUUGCAGUAUCCGAUUGUAACAUUAUCCUAAUGUUAAAAAAUUGAAAAAAAUAUGAUCAACAGUUUCCAACCUCCUUAAAAUGUUUCAUAAAAUCAUAAAAUAUUUUUAAUUCUUUAACCAGCACGAAGUCCCAUAUAUGGGCAUAUGACUUCUUCUAUGGAAGGUUUAAUCACAAUAAGAGCACAUAAAACAGAAAAUGUCUUAAUUAAAGAAUUUGACAAACGUCAAGUAAUUAUAGAAGUUAUGUAGCUUGUUCUCACAUUUUUUACAAAUUGUUUUAUUUUUGAUUAAAAACCUAGGACUCGCAUUCCUCUGCGUGGUAUAUGUUUAUUGCUUUAAACGAAGGAUUUGGUGUUUGGUUGGAUAUCAUUUGUGUUGUUUAUAUGAGUAUUAUAACGUUUACUUUUUUAUUUAUGGGCAACAGUAAGCAGUAUGAAUGCAAAAUAGGUUUCAACUGUAUCAUUAACUGUGAUUGUCUUUUUAGACACAAAUGGAGGUAAUAUUGGUCUGACAUUAACUCAAUUAUAUUCUCUUACUGGAAUGAUUCAAUGGGGAAUACGACAAUCAGCCGUAUUAGAAAACGAAAUGAACUCUGUUGAAAGAGUACUUGAGUACUCGAAUACUCCACAAGAAGCUAAACUUCUGGCAGAAUCAGGUGAUGAAUACAAAUUUUAAAAAAAUAUAUGUAUUAUAUAGAGUGAUUCACUAAGCCUAUUCACCUUAUUUUUUUUUUUUGUCAAAUUUAGCAUAUAUUAAAAUUCUGAUUUUUGGAGUGUACCUAAUACUCCGUUGUCUCAUGGAAUAUUUAGUCUAGGUUCUCAUUUGAAAAAUUAUUUUUUAAUUGGUAUAGUCACAGUAUACACCAUAAAUUUGGUGAAAAAUCUAAGUAUUUGAAAAUUUCGGCUUUAACCAUUGUUGUAAGUGAGAAGAUGGAAUGGCAGAAGGAAAAUUUAAUGUAUAUUUGUAUUCAUCCAUUCAAAAUUAAUAAUGAAAAACGAUUCUGAGCGGGUUUGGGUUAUCCUUUCUUCGAAAGGCCGUAAUAUUUAUGAAUUGAAGAUCAUACAUUUUGUAAAUUUUCCCAUUUUUCAUUUUUUUUUCGUGGUUUUUCCCAUUUUUCAUAAAAAGCCUUAACAAAAUCAAAAAAUGAGUUUUCUAAAGUGUCACCCCAGUCAUAUUUCCUCUUUAACACUAGCAAAAUCACAGAAAAAUUUCUGGCUGAAAUGUUUACAGAAAAAAAAAAAAAAAUAAACGUCAAUUUAAAACUAAUACAUCCCUCGUUCCGUUCGGGAUCUAAUGUGAUUUGUAUUUUUAAUGCAGAUAAGUCACCUCCAAAAGAUUGGCCGAUUCAUGGGAAAAUUGUUUUUCUAAAUUAUUACCUGCGUUACAAUCCAGAUAUGCCACAUGUUUUAAAAAAUCUCAAUAUUACAAUUCUACCUACAGAAAAAGUUAUUUGACUUAAUUCAAAAUAUAUAUGGAAGAUUUUUUUCAUAUCCUUUAUUUUUAAUAGAUUGGGAUUGUUGGUAGAACUGGAGCUGGCAAAUCAUCAAUUAUAGCAGCAUUGUUUAGGUUAGCUCUAAAUGAAGGCAACAUCUUCAUUGAUGAAAUAGAUAUACAUUCAAUAAGACUACACGAAUUACGAUCUAAGAUUUCCAUUAUUCCUCAAGAACCUGUUUUGUUUUCCGGAACAAUGCGAACAAAUUUAGAUCCAUUCGAUGAAUACCUCGAUCAUGUUCUUUGGGACGCUUUAGAAAAAGUAAUAGUUAUAGUUUAAAAAUUUUUCAUUUACAAGGUCUGUUUAUUAUUUUAGUUUUUAUUUUAUGCUUCAGAUCGAACUCAGGAAAACAAUUCAGAAUUUACCCGGUGGUUUGAACACAAAAAUGUCUGAAAAUGGUUCCAAUUUCAGUGUUGGACAAAGACAACUAGUAUGUUUGGCAAGGGCAAUAAUUCGAAAGAAUAAAAUUCUAGUACUGGAUGAGGCCACUGCAAAUGUCGAUCCAGAGUAAUACAAAAUAUACCUUCUAGAUCAGUGGUCGGAAACUGGCGAUUCGAUCUGUCCCGCACGUUUGUUUCACACAGUCUGAUCUUUAUAAGCAUUAUAUAAUAUAAAUAUUUUAAUUUUAAAAAUGGAAUAAUAGAUUUACAAUCACAAAAAUAAUCAUAAAAACGUCUUCAAACAAUAGCUUCAUAUGUUUUUACUGAACGUUCACCAUCAUUUUUAAAAAGGAAAAAUAUAGCCUAUCAAUUGUACGGUAUGUUUGGUUCUACAUACAUAUAAUAUGAAUAAGUCUUUUUAUUGUAUGAACAAAAUUAAAAACCUACAUAGAUAACCAUCUACUCCACCAUGUUUUUAAAGCGCGUGAGUGUUAAAAGGUUUCCGACCACUAUACUUCAUGGUUGAGUUAUUAUAUAGGGGUAGUGUUAGACACAAUAAUCUAAAUAGAUACAACUUUUUUCAUUUAUCAGGACUGACAUAUUAAUUCAAAAUACAAUAAGAAAAUAUUUUGAUAAGUGUACUGUACUGACGAUUGCUCAUCGUUUAAACACGGUUAUAGAUUCUGAUAAGAUUAUUGUUAUGGAUGCAGGACAUAUGGUCGAGUUUGAUCACUCUUUUAACUUGUUAAAAAAUAAUGAAGGAUAUUUUCACAAAAUGGUCGAACAAACUGGACGAUCCACGGCUGAUUUGUUGAAACGUACAGCUGCAGAGGUAGUACUUUUAGAUAAUAUUAUUUUUGUUAGAUUUAUUGUAUUUUUCAUUGGUUCAGAUUUGUAUACGUAUGUUUCUUUAGAGCUAUAUCUCUAUGAAGACCAGAUCCUUGAAUAUUGAGUGUUGAUAAUUAUAUUGUCACUUAUGAAGAAAUUACAUAUUUGUGCAACUCUGUUGAUUAAAUAAAUUAUCUAACUUUUGAACAUAUUUUAAUAACGUAUUUAACCUUAAUUGUCUUAUUUUAAUGCGAUUUACGUAGAUAAUACAGUUUUAUUAUUGUCAAAAUAUUAUAUACAGAUACAUUAUAUACCAUUCAAUUGUGACUUACCUACUUAUAAGGCUUAAUUGAAUAAUAAAUUGUAUUUUUAGUAUCUAUAA